GCUGAUGAAUUCCGCCGUCAUGGGAAUGAUUAUUUUGCUUCAAAGAAUUACACGGCAGCUAUUGAUGAGUAUUCAAAUGGCAUAAAAUUGAAACCACAAAAUGUCACAUUGUUCGCUAAUCGAGCAGAGGCAUAUCUGCAAUUAUUUCAAUUUCAUAAUGCUCGAAAUGAUGCAGAAGUUGUUCUUAAAUAUGAUCCUAGUCAUUUAUAA